CCCUCAUCAUUUCAUGGAUUUUCGAGAGAAUCACAAAACAACCCCCUAAAGCCUCAAUAGACUCCGUACGCUGACGUCUACUCAAUGGAUGCGUCAAAGUCGGUUCUAGACUUGUCACUUGUCCAGCAUUAAAGCCCUUUCAACCGUCGCACUGCCACGCAUACCAACUCCCUUGGUCAAACUUUAAAAUCUUUUACGUUCUGCUCAACACACACUAGGUCUGGGGAAUGAUUGGAUUGACGAAGGUUCAUUCGUUUCAUUCGUUUGCAACCAAAAUUCCCAUUUCAAGUUGGGCCUCUUGAGUCUUGACUCUCGAGUUAGUCCGGAGUAGACGUUCAUGAAUCACGGGAAGCCCGGCCGGGGACUACAGUGCCUACUAUCGUAUAGGUACGAACUUCGAAGUUAUUAAUCCGACUUGAUUACGAAUGAACCCCAGCACUUGUCAAUUGAGCCAAGUUUCUACUUUGGUUACCUUUUAUUAGUGCACCCGUCGGGUCCUUCAAUUCGGAAUCAAUCAAUCCCUACAUCCUUCAGCCAAGGAAGGCUGACAAAGUUUAAAUUCAUCAUCAUAUCAUGGCCCUGGUCGAUUAUGCUUCGUCCGACGAGGAAAAUGUGGUAGACGAAGACCUUCCUCGUGACAAUCGUGACAAUCAAAUCAACCAAGACAACAGGCAAGAUGAAAAGAAUGUCACCACAAAAACUUCCAGUUCAAAUCAUUUAAAGCGAAAGCGAGAUGUUUCUUCAUCUUCAUCAGAAUUACCUCCACUGCCCUCCAAAUUUCAUGAUCUUUAUGCGUCAACCGUGAGGAACAGUUCAAGAGAUGAUCCAAGCUUACAUGGAGGACGAAAGAGAGUAACUCCCCAUAUUGAGGGUAAUUGGCCAACACAUAUUUAUAUUGAGUGGUAUCCUUCGACUACAGAAUUUGAUCUUAUAUCAUCCUUGAUCUCAAAAGUUGAAUCGUUCAAAACCCACGACAUUCAAACAUUUUUGUCAAAUGAUCUUGGGGUCCCUCUUCCCUUACAUGUCAGUCUGUCACGAUCAAUUGGCUUUUCCAAAGAUGUCAAAGAUACCUUCUUGACUUCAUUCGAACAAGUCAUAAAGUCCUCCGGAGUUCGUCCUUUUGGGAUGGGUUUCUCCGGAUUAACGUGGGUUCCUAAUUAUGAAAAGACUAGAUGGUUUCUGGUUCUCUGCGUCAUUACAUCGGAGAGCAAUGCUUUGAACAAAUUACUUCACGUGAGUAAUAAAGUCGUGGAAGAAUUUGGACAGCCGCCCCUGUACGCAAAUUCUAGAACACGUGUAAAUGGUCAACAAGUAGCAAAAGGUGCUCACCACUCUCAACAAGGCAAACCUUUCAGAGGCAAGACACAGCUAAAAAAGGAUAUUUUCCAUGAUAUGGCUGAUGUGUCAGAUGCAUUUCAUAUUAGUAUUGCGUGGACACUAUUACCUCCAGACCAAGAACUUAUUGAAGCUACCGAGCGAUUGACAGCCAACGAAUUAUUGAAAGUAAAGCAGAUUCAAAUAAAGACCGAGGAAAUCAAAGCAAAGAUUGGUAAUGUUGUUACCAAUGUGCCCCUUCCUGUGGGCAUCACGGAAGGCAGAAGCCUAUUCGGGUUAUGAGGGAAAAAGAAUUAAUUCAGAAACUUCACCAGAGCACAAAAUUUGUUUGACAAUUCAGGAAAACGAUGUGUCGAAAAAUAGUUUAGUCUGUCGAACUGGUUCUGGUCGAUGUCUCACUUGUACCAUCGGUCACAAACACGUGUGGUGUGCUUUUAAACAAGUAAGGAUCUAAUUUACAUGGCUCUUCCGAUAUUUCCGAGUAUAUCCACAAGUAUUCUCCUUCCCAAAGUCGACAAGAUUCUUCAUGUUUUCUGUCAAUGGCCUGACUACCCUGAGUCGAACAACAACGAAUUCGCUGUCCAUGAACCAUUCUUUUCCAAGCCUAUCUUGUGUCGAUUGUAUUUGUGACCACCAGUCGAAGCUCGAAUCUGUCAGAAGAUGGAGCUGUCAAUUCAUCAGCAUAACUCUACAAAACUGCGUCAAAAUCAAGGCAAAAGCAUGCCUUCGUUGAAAGAAUUUCGCCCCGUCUGCGCCCUAUGCGAUUUCCAUGCCACCCACGCCAAUACUACACUAAAAACUCCCACAACCGUGGCUAUGGUACCAAAAAUUAUCUGAAUCACAUCAUCAUGGGACAAGGCGCCGAUGAGAGUGUUGUUUGUAUUCAUUGAAGUUAAUGAAUGGUCUCCCCCCUAAGCUUAGAGCCUGCUCGAUGUCAGAGAUGACUAUUGAUACAUAGCUUCAUGGAAUUCGCCCUGGACAAACCAUUGCACAACGCAGCAGCAAGUUCUGUUUGUAGGCGUUUUGAAAACUUUGAAUUGUUGUACACGUCGAAGUUUGUAGAGUCAAAUCGUUCUCUUGAUAUUUUUUGUGAGAAUAUUGCUCCAUCUUUGUUAUAUAUGCAUCCUCCCUCUGCUUAAGCUGUCUUCCCGGAACGAGGGCCGGUCUGAGGUAGAGAAGGGACUAUUGUAGCUUCAAGAUAAUAUAUAAUAUGUUGAAACUAGUCACGCGGUCUCCAUGAGGUUUGAAGAAUCUGUAGACUUUCGGUCCUGUCGAACGGAUUUUUUUUCUCUCGGCAUGUUUGAGCCUGUGCUUGCAAUGAAAAACUUAAAAUCCUACUGCUUUUCUAG